GACUUUUGCGUUACUUUUUGGAUAAGUGUCUGUUGAAAUUCAGAUUCUUCCUUAGGAAACUUGUUAUUAGAUUUGAUACUGUAUUCUAGUACAGAAUUGUAUGCAGUAAACUUCAGACCUGCUUGGUACAAUGGCAGUCCACCGGUGGACUAUAUAAUCCCAAGGAAUAAAUAUUUAUUCCUUAGGAUCUACUUCUGGGUUGUUGAAUUAUGCUUUUGGCGUGAUUAGUAUGACCCUUGAUAUAUCCUUAAAAAAAAUGAAAGGGGGAACAAUUUAGUUAAUCUCCCACAGUACCCACAGAACCAAAGUAGUCGUCGACUAUCGUCUGGAAGAUUCAGCAGGUUUUCUCCUCGUAGCGCUAUGAGGGUGACUCCCUAACCGAAGCGCUUCUGUUAGUAUGCCCCACAACUGAUCAGAAUCACAAAAAUGUUUGCACGGACAUCGUUCUGCUCAUUCGUGCUCCAUUUUGAGUAGAUGCCCUUUUAAGUAGAUGCCUUUUUAAGUAGGAUUUAUGAUAAACGUGUAAGUGGUCUAUUUGGAUGGAGAUGACGAUAGGCAACGUGAUAUAUCGUGAUCAUAUUCACCGUAAUCCUUCUGUACUUUGAUGUCUUUAAAUUAAGGACUUCCAGAUGAACUGAGUAGAGUUUAUUCUUAUUUCGGGCAUCUUUAGUCACCCCUCUUUGAACGCAUUCCAAAAGGACAUUAUCUUGAGUUGAGGGGACGCAGUGCAAAAAUUUUUACCAAUGAGGUCUUAGGUAAGCACUGAACACGCUGUUGAAUAGUAAUGAAUUCAGGCUACCUAGUGUUCUGGAAAGAAGCCAUGAGAGUGAGCAUACUUAGUUGGCUGCGAAAUGCCAAUGAGAAGCGAAAUCUAGACCAUCACAAAGAGUUAUACCCCAGAUCUUUUCAGUGGUAGAGGGAGAUACUGGGAUCUCCCAAUAAGUAAAACGUGGAUAGUAUUACUAUUUUCCACCGUUAGUAUUUAUUGGUGCUGGUAGGAAGUGCUUGAUAGUCGUGUAUGUUGUGUAAGUCUUCUUGGAGAAUCAAGAUAUCAGCUAGAUCGAGCACUCCCAGAUCUUAAGACCAUCUGCAUAUAUCAGAGUUUCAGAGUCAUUUUUUAGUAGUUUAUUAACAAUAAGAAGAGUGCCCCAAAGAUUAAGCUAUGUGGUACUCUGCUUGCUAUGGUAAACAAUUUCUAGAACUUCAUAGAGGAUAAUCGUAAUCACGAUUGUAAUAUAUAUUGCGUAAUGGUUUCCGGAGCUUUUAUGUUUGCGCCACGAACAACUAGUCUUCGAGGAAAAGAAUAGGUUGUUAGCACUCAAAUCAUUACUCAGGAUGCAAACUCACCAUGCUACAAUGAAUUAGUUGAAAAACGUCUUAAUGUUUUCACCAUUAUCGUGGUCGACGCUUAUCAACAUACCCUUAGUAAAAUCAUCAAAGCCCCAAAUUUCGUAGAAUGUGGUUAAUUCAUUUGCACUAGGCUGAAGCUUCUGGAUUUCCGCUGUUUUACAAGCGUUCCUGUCGUCUACAAAUAAGUGUAGAGAAUUUCAACAGUCUUAGAAAUGGAAAUAGUGGAAGACAUUAAAUAGAACCUCGUGAUACAUUACUUCUCAAUGUUCUUCAACUUACUAGCACCCCAUUCAAUCUUUGUUUUUGAUCACACAAUUUUCUUCUGGAAUCCUAUUUUCCAAACAGAAAUUGGGAGAAGCCCAAAAUGAAACCUAGAGUAUGCGUCUUAGUCACACGGAAGUAUUCCAUCUGACGGCUUUCUAUCAAAUGACUGGUAAAAAAUUAGGAAUGUCGCUAUGAACUGUGUAUAUGAAAACCUAGUCUGACUACCUGGUUGGAGUCCGCACGACUCUCGUAACCAGUGUUUGGGGACUCUAGGUGACAUGACUCAGAAUCGAUCGACCAGGCAUAUAUGUACCUGGUCCUACUUUGUAGAUGACUCAGUCGGACUGUAGACUGAGGUAAAUGAAGUGUUUGGUAACUCAUCUUUCCCAAAACAUUUGAAUGCCAGACAAUGUAAUCUGACUGGCUGGUGCACAAAUAGCCAGACUAUAUUAAAAAAGACUUUUAGAGGACCACCUAAUUUAGUUUGUUGUUAUCACCUUCUGGAAAGACAGUCUGGUGAUUCGGCAUUUUAGCUUCAUCUCAUCAUCAGGAAGAUAUUGGAAGACACCUAACGAAAUGUCGUAAGUGUCCUAAAUAAAGUCUUACGCUGAAACUUGGAAGUCACUUAUCAGGAUAGAUCAGGUUUAAGACAACAAAUGCGCCAUAGUUGUACACACUUUGUGAGCUGGCUUCGGCAGAUAUUAUUUACCCGUAUACAAAACUUAAUAUGUUGUACCCCUUAUUUCGUAAACUAUUCACAGAAAAUCUGAAUGGAAUAUUGAAGUAGGCUCCCCGACCCUACCUGAAGUUCAAAAGGCUAUAACUAAUCUGAAACGAGAAAGAGCAGCUGGUCCAGAUGGAUUGGCUCCAGAGGUCUUUAAAUAUGGUGGUCCAAAUUUAGCGACUAGGUUGCCUGGUCCUUCGUUGUAGCUGACUGAUAGCUUUUUGAACUUCAAUUAGUUGGUCUAUUCAGGCUGUUUGGAAAUGGUGUGUAGCCGAGGGCUAUCUAAACUGCUUCUUAAAAUGCUCUGCCUAUUACAAUUGACUUCUUAAUUACUGUUCCUUUUAUUUGUCUGGGAAGCUGUCUUGUGUUACCUACUGCCACUGCCUUCUCCAUCUCUUUUGAUUUCGUUGCCCACAACUGCUUACGAUUGUUCCUUAGGUCUGAUUUGUUUUGGCUGUUCAUCGUGCUUGAAACUUGCUGGGAUAAGUUUACAAGAAACUAUCAGUGCAAUAGAUGCAGUAGAAACCUACUGACUUUUCGUAACUCCGGUUCAAGUCACUGCUGUUUCCACAACUGUUCUUAUAUAUGUCCAAGCAACAUCUGGAUCAACCUCGUUUUCAGAACUGCCUAAGUGUGACCUCAGUUGUUCCUGAAAUCUGUUUUUGGCUUUCUCGUCACUGAGUUCAACUCGAAUGAGUCUCCCUAAUGUGGUUCUUCUGCAUCGACUGAGGCACAAGCAAAUGCGUGCUCGUAUUAAAGCAUUACAAAAGUCUAAAAAUGUACUCCGGAACGAGCGGCAGUUUCCUAUCAAGUCUCUCCAACGAUGGCUGAUGGCAACAAAAUCUAUUUGGGUCCAUCAUUGGUUUACUGUCGGGGUUCUCCAUGUUAGACGAUGUCCAUGGUCAUGAUGACCAUAAGAUCUUACCUCGGAGACAUAUCCGUGAGAUAAGGCGAGUUCCAUACAUAUGAUCUUUGAAUUCAAAUGAAAUAAAAUGUCCAAUCGUCCUAUAUGGUUACGUGGAGUACUUUUUAUUGGAACAAUAAUAGCUUCAGCUUAUUAUUUAACAUAUAUUCGAUAUUAUGCUUAUGAAAAAAAGCGACUAGCAACACAAACACCUCAUUUAGAUGAAGAUUAUAUUCUUGAAUUUUAUAAAGAAGUUGCUGAAUCCUCUAGAAAAACUGAGUGGACUAAUAAAAGAGUAAAUAGACCAUGGGGAGAAUAAUUUUAAUGAGAAAAAAAUCAGGAAACUGAUUUUUUCUAUCCGUGAUAUGUACAUAAGUAUCUAUGCAUAGCAACUAUGUUAAUGAUAGUAAUUUGUAACUAAGAGUAAAAGACAUUACAUUGUAGAAGUAAUUUAUUAUGUACAAAAUAAGAACAUUUCCUACUAAUUC